CUGGCCGGGCUGAGCUCAGGGAGCUGCUUGGCAGUGCCAGAGCCCAGGCCCCAGAGCCCUGCUGAGAGGAGGUGCGCUGUGGAGGCAGGAGCAGUUGCUGCCCAGGCCCUGUGGGAGGUGAGCCAGCACCAUGGCUGAAGGCUACACAGAGCUGGAGAAGGCGGUGGUGGUCCUGGUGGAGAAUUUCUACAAAUAUGUGUCCAAGCACAGCCUGGUCAAGAACAAGAUCAGCAAGAGCAGCUUCCGCAAGAUGCUGCAGAAGGAGCUCAACCACAUGCUGACGGAUACAGGCAACCGGAAGGCAGCAGACAAACUCAUCCAGAACCUGGACGCCAACCACGACGGGCGCAUCAGCUUCGACGAGUACUGGACCUUGAUAGGCGGCAUCACGGGUCCCAUCGCCAACCUCAUCCGCCAACAGGAGCAGCAAUGCAGCAGCUAGAGGACCUCGGGCCGCCCCAGCCUCGCCGCGAGCCCUGCUCUGUCCCUCCCCUCCCGUGCAGCCCCAGGCCCGCCUCAGCCCUCCCCGCCGGUCCACCCUGCAGACCUACCCUAGUCCGUCCUUGCUGAACUGGGUGGACAUGCCUCCGUGAAUCUCAGUCCCUGGAGCCACCAGGCGCAGAGUGCUCCCCAGCGGGCUCUCCAUGCUGGCCCGGGAUCUCUGGAGGUCAGCCCCUGCGCCCUCCCAGCGUCUGACUGUGAGGUCAGCUUGGGGCCGCUCUCUCUUCCUCUGGCAGUGGCAGCAGCCGCGGCUCCCCGUCCUGUGAGCACUCCUGGGUGGGGAGGCCCUUCUGGGGCUCGCCUCCAGCGGCCUCUCUGCUCAGCCACCCACACCAUGGAAGUGAAGGCUGGGUUUGGAGCUUGUAUCCUCCUCCCCACACUUUGUGACGGUCAU